AUGGCCGGUGCUCAGCUUUUGCAGUACCUGGAGAUGCGCUUCGGCGUGGCGGCCCGGCUGUGCGCCAGCAUUGCCUUCUCGCUGCAGAUGGUGCUCUACAUGGGCAUAGUGCUGUACGCGCCCGCGCUAGCCAUCCGCGCCACCACAGGACUUCUGAUGCCGUUGUAUGUGGUGGACACAAUGAGCGGCAUGCCGGGCCUCUUCGUCGCUGGCAUCUUCAGUGGUUCCCUCAGCACCGUCUCGUCAGCUGUCAACUCGCUGGCUGCCGUCACAUUGGAGGAUUACUUUAAGGUGAGGCCUACUGCAGCUGCGAUGAGAGGAAUAUGUGGGCUAUGUGUGGAUGGAUGUCAUAUGUCCCUUUUUGCGGUGUACGUGCGGUACCGGGGCCACCCACUGGCGGAGUCGCGGUCGCCGCUUGUGGGGAAGCUGCUGGCACUGGUGUUCGGACUGCUGUUCCUGGGACUGGCAUUCAUGGCGCAGUUCCUGGGUGGCAUGCUGCAGGCCAGCCUCACGAUAUUCGGCGCCGUUGGCGGACCCGUGCUCGGCUUCUUCUCGCUCGGCAUGUUCCUGCCCCACGCCAACGAGCUGGGAGCCAUAACGGGCCUUGCCACGUGGCUCACCUUCUCCAUGUGGGUCGGCUUCGGCGUCCCCCGGCCGGACGCAGUAAGGCUGCCCACGAGGACGGAUGGCUGCGACUUCAACAUAACGGCCACACCGCUGCCGCCCACCCAGGACCCAAGCGAGUACUUCCACCUGUACCGCGUGUCGUACCUGUGGGUCGUCGUGCUGGGAUUCCUGCUGACACUCGUCGUGGGCGCCGUUGCGUCGUGGGUGGCGGGCAUCGCCUGCGAGGGGGACCGCAGCGUGCCGCCACCAGACCCCGACCUCUUCGUGCCGCCAGUCCGGAGGGCGCUGCUCGGCUCCAACUCACUGCAGCUGACACGUGUGGCCGGUGACCUGUCCAAUGGUGUGGGACCAGCUGCAGACACCAAGACCCAGGAGGAGCCGCUCAAUGGCAUAGAUGGCCACCAUGUCGCCCCAAUGUGA